AUGCCGCCAAGACGCUCCAGAAAUGGCAACCACGCCAGAACCACAGCAUUUGGCCGUAAAUAUCCCAACCUUCAACGAGCCCUCCUCUUAUCUUGUGAAGCAAGUCCAUUCCUCCUCCUAGCCACAAUUGCAGCAGGUGCCGGAAUAUGGAAGAGGCCAAUGUGGCAGAGAGCCAUUCUUUGGCGUCUCGCAUUGUGGAGUUUCUUAUCAAGGUGGCUUCUGGUCGGCUUCGCAAUUACCACUAGCUGGAAUGACUGGGGCCGUGAGGACCGAGAGGAGCGAGACGAGGGGCAUCGCAACCAAGUUCGCCAGGAACUGCAGGAGCAACUAGAGCGGAAUCAGAACCACGACCGAAUCUGGCGGGAAGCGCAGCAGCAACUGGAGCGGCAGCAGGAGCGCUUGCGACAGCUACAGGACAUGGAGCAGCGACGGAUCCGGAUACAGGAUCAGUUGCUGAAUCACAUGCAGGAUGAGCCUCAAGAAGAUGCAGAGCAUUGGGAAGACUGA